GGAGGGAGGAUAGGAGCCACCUGCAGCGGCCGGAGCCAGAGCGGCUGGCAGGCACCGCGGGAACGGCUCGCCAUGUCCUCGGCCACCUGCACCAUCUCUUUGCCCAGCGGCCUGGCCGUCCUCACCACCUUCCCCGAUGUGCUCUUCAUCCCCGAAAUGAUCUUCGGGGGCCUCGUCUGGAUCCUGGUGGCCUCCGCGAAGGUCACGUUGUCCAUGCCGCAAGGCUGGGUGAUGUUUGUCUCUGUGCUCUGCUUCCUCAUGUCCACCACCCUCCUGUGCCUCUACCUCUGUGGGGUGCACGGUGGCAGCUCCUCCUGGAUCACCUGGGAUGUCAUCUGUCAGGGGACAGCUGCUCUCUUCUACCUCAGUGCCGCCGUGCUGCAAGCCUAUGUCACCUACAGCAUCAGGUCUUUGUCUGCCACCUCGCUGCACGCCAUCUACCAGGAGAACAUCGCUGCGGUGGUAUUUGCAUUCUUAGCUACCCUGACGUAUGUGAUCCAUACGGUGUACUCGCUCCUGCGAUGGAAGUUGGCCUGAGUCUCCCCUCGCAAGCGUGCCCUGUGGUCACCCACAAACACGAGUUGUUCAACGACUGCAGUUUCUGGGCUGGGGCUGGGUUUUGUUUUUCAGUGUCUAGGCUAUAAACAAGCAACUUGGUACGUGGGACUCGUGGCAAUGAAGAAAAAGAGCCUGCCAGAGAAAUUAUAUCCUGGCACGAUCCGUCCCCCUUCAGUCUCUUCUGGGUUGGGUAUGGCAUGUUGUUUGUAAACGAGACCCAAACAGAAAAAAAAAUAGCUUUAAACAGAAUAGUAUCAUUGGAUUCAAAGCACCAAAAUCUUCCUGAGACCCCCUUAUGCCUUCAAGGCUGUUCUUGCUAUCAGAGGAAGCCUGAACAACCAGCACGCAGGAGCACGAGCAUGAAAUCUGGCCAUUUUAAGUGAAAUCUGGCCAUAUAAGCCUAUUUCCCUCUCUGAAUUGGACGUGCCAAAACAAUAUUUCAUGCAGUUUCCAGAAAUGCCAUCUCUGACUUGUGAUGAGAAAUGGGGCAAUAUACAGCUUGCCUCCGGGGAAAUACAAAUUCCUGCAGCCUUUGAUGGAUAUUGCCGAAUUACGAGGCACAGCCUUAACUCCAGGAGUUACCACUGCCAUGAAUCUCCCUGGGAAGUACAAUCAAGAAGGUGCACUGUCGAACGACUGCAGGAGAAUUAUAACGAUAGUUGGAAUAACGCAUCGAAUGAGCAGAGACAACUCCCGUCUUUGGUGCAUGGCUGCUCUCAAACCCUCUGUCACUAAUAAAAACAGGUUUUCUCUAA